AUGAAAGAUGCGCGUGAGCUAUUCCCAUGGACUGAUAACCAGUUUCAAGCAACCACGAACAUGGUGAAUUCCGUAUGUACAUUUAAGGAUGAUGAAGCUCGAGGUCGUCAAGUUACAGACUCGAGUAAGACCGAGGCGGUUCAAUUAUUUCUUCAGCAAUUUAUCUUUCAUCAUGUCGGUGGCGAGCCGUUCAAGAGUGGGUUAAUUCAUUUUGUCGCCGUACUCGGCAUUGACGAGGAAAACCGUCGACUCAGGGAGGCGAUCAACUUUUCUUAUGUCGUGGCCGGUUUGGUCUGGUCCAUUCGAGUGUUGGCCGUGGAGAUUCUACUUCCGGCGCACAAGCGAGAGACCCAGCCCGAUAGCCAUGAGCGACGACUUAAGUUUCAACGUUAUCGUCGUGAAUAUUUAGUCGAUGGGAGUAGUACGCCCAUGAGUGAGCUCAUCAACUUACUCGCUUACGGAAAGUACAUCGCACUUAAUACGAGUAAUGCCGGCAGUAUGACUUGGUCUCGAGAUGGCGAAAUCAUCUAUUAUCAUGGACUAUCUAUUCCACUCAACUCGGUCCGCUCCAUGAUUAUCAGCAACAUUGAACGCGCGGAAGAGCUAUUAUGGCGCGAGUUGAUGUGGACAUCGAACUUGGCCUAA